UAAAUUGCUUUUCCUACUUUUACUUGCGUUUUCCUUGAGAACCAGAUCUUUCCCUGUCACCCUCAUCGCUUUUGAUUAUACUUUUUGCUAUGAACGAUUGAUUUUGAUUAAUUUUCUGUAGCCACCGGCAAUUUGCGACGGAACCAAAAUUUGAAGCUGAUUUUACCUGCUCGAUAACGCGUGAUUCUUUCAUGGCAUCUACAAGCAAAGCCAAUUUAACUGAAGACGAUGAAGAAGAAGAGGAAAUUGAACACUUUGAUGAUUUCACUCUGGCUUCUUCAUGGGAAAGGUUCAUAUCUGAAAUAGAGGCUACUUGUCGACAGUGGUCAGCUGAUGGUCCAAAGAAUUUGCUGGAAAAGGGAGCUGUUCAUUUGGAUUAUUCUAAUAAAAUGUAUAGGAUUAAAUCCGAGUUGAAAGAUGCUACAAAAAUCUAUUCCAUGGAGUACUACUUUGGGAUCGACAAUAAUGGCAACAUUUCUGACUGGAAUUGCACUUUGCAUGAUUUGCAACUUUGUUUUGGAGUAAAAGAAUUCUUGGUGAUUUCACCUCAGAGUGCCAGCGGUGUGGUACUUGAUGCUCCAGAGUCUAGCAAGCUUUUAAGUGCUGUUGCAAUUGCUUUGUCAAAUUGUUCAUGUUUGUGGCCAGCAUUUGUGCCAGUCCAUGAUCCUUCAAGAAAAGCGUUUAUUGGAAUCCAGAACAUGGGAACUAUUUUUACUAGAAGGUUUGAGGCAGAUCGUAUUGGUAGCCAAGUUCCUGUAAAGUUCAUGCAUUUGGAAGGAUUGUAUGAAUUGUUUGUUUCUAAGUUUGCUUACUGGACAUCGGACCAUUUGACACAUCUCUUCAAAGUAUAUCUUAUGAUGAAACUUACUUAUCGAACCCUUCCCAAUGAUGAUGAAAAUGAUGGUAUCCAAGACGCUGAUGCUGAAAAUGCAGAAUCUGAAAAGAUGCCUGACGGUGGCAAUCACAAUAGGAAGCAUUGGGAUGAUGAUUGCCCUUGGAGUGAAUGGUAUUCUGCAGAAGAUCCAGUAAAGGGGUUUGAUUUGGUGACCACUUGGUCAGAAAAGGUGAUUGAAAGCUCCUUGGAAAUGGCUGAAAUGGAAAAUGCUUCACCCCAUGAAGCCGAGAAGUGGAUUCUAACUCCAAAUUUGUCUCCAAAUCUUGAUAGUUCAAAAGGAGACAGAAUUGGAUUUGCUUCCCAGUUGCAGCUUUUGGUUAGUGCACUGGAUAUGUCAUUUGAAGCUCAAUUUAUGGAGGAUUUCGUUUCAGAUGAAAAUCUUGGUUCAGACAAUUUAAAGUCCUCUAUGGUUAUACCGCCACCUACCGUCCUUGAUCGUGUGCUUAAAGAUCUUUUGCUUGAGGGUCGUCAAUUUCCUGAUUUUGCUAAAGGCAAACAUAAGAGUUCUCAAGCAAUUAAAGGCGCACCUCUUGAGUCUCUUUUUGCGCAGUUCUGUUUACACUCAUUAUGGUUUGGCAAUUGUAGCAUACGUGCCAUUGCAGUGUUGUGGGUAGAGUUUGUUCGAGAAAUUCGUUGGUAUUGGGAAGAGUCACAGCCAUUGCCUAAAAUGCCAGCCCAUGGUUCAAUUGACCUAGCAACUUGUUUAAUCAACCAGAAACUACAAAUGCUUGCAAUAUGCAUUGAGAAGAAGCGUGAACUCAAUGAAGAAUUUCAAGACUGUCUUGGAAGUAAUGAUGAUGUGUUUGCACAUAUGGAGGUUGAAGAUAUUCAAGUUGGAGAGGAGUCUACUAGUUUUCUUACUCAGAGUCAGGAUUUUGAUGGGAAACGUGACAGUCCCUUGAUUCUAGAAGGUUUUAAUGAAUCUAAAACAUCUAUAUCAAAGUUCAGUACCAAUUCUCAAGAUGUCUAUUCUGCUGAUAAAAGCACUUCAGAUUCUAAAAGGAGAGGGUCAGCUGGUCCUGUAGGGUCUAUGAGGCUUCUGAAUUCGUGUCAGAGCUUGCAUGCUCCAUUUACACAGAAUGCACCACUCAUGACAGAAGACAUGCAUGAAGAACGACUCCGUGCUGUCGAGGCCUUUGGUGAUUCAUUUAACUUUUCUGCACAGUUGGAGAGAGAAACAUUAUCUUCAGACAUGUCAGCCUUUAAAGCUGCAAACUCAGAUGCUGCUUUCGAAGAUUUUAUCCGGUGGCAUUCACCUGGAGAUUGGGAGAAUGAUGGAAGUGAAGCAAAUGAUGAGUGGCCCCCUCGAGGAAAACUUUCACAGAGGAUGUCUGGCCCUGGGAACUCGUGGAGAAAGAUUUGGAACGAUGCUCCUAGUUUGCCUGCUUAUGAACAGAAACCCCUGCUGGAUCCAAACCGAGAAGGAGAGAAGAUACUUCAUUACCUAGAAACUGUGCGACCCCAUCAGCUUCUUGAGCAAAUGGUUUGUACUGCCUUCAGAGCCUCAGCUGACACACUGCACCAGACGAAUUUUGGAAGCUUGAAGCAGAUGGCAACUAAAAUGGACCAACUCUACCAUACUAUGGCAUCUACACUAAGGCCUUUGCAAGCAAAUCUGUUAUCUGGAAAUAGUGAGAAAAUUGGAGACCUAAAACGGCUUUGUGUUGCCCUUGAACAUGUUGAGAAGUUGCUAACACUUGCAGCUUCUCUUCGUCAUAAAUUCAUACAAGCACCACGUGUCUAUGAAGCUAUUUUCAGUGACUACUACGACUUUUACCUUCCAAACAUGGGAAAGGGCUCAGCAGAUGUUGAUAUUCAGAAGGAAUUUGACCUGAAGCUGCAGCUAAGGAUGAACGAGAGACAAGUUGUGUCAAAUAUGUUUACCCCACCUACUGCUAAUCAGUCAUGGAGAAAAGUUUUAAGCAUGGGCAAUCUUCUUAACGGCCACGAACCAAUCCUCAGGCAGAUUGUCUUUUCCAAGCGUGACAGCGGCAGUGACUGUCACUAUGCAGUUAACACGCGCGGCGGACCUCACAUGGAUGAUCAACAAGAAAUAGAAACAUAUCGGAUGUAUGUAUGUGGAACCUCAAACGAUCUCCGGGUAGCACUUUGUGUCACCUCAUACGAUUAAAUGUAUUUAAUGUUUUAAUUGGGGUAUAUUUUCACUUGUUAGCUAUUGAUUGCCAAGUUGCCUGGUAGACCAA